AGGUGACUGUUGCCAUCAAGCUGCUCUUCCCACAUUCAUCGUCAUGGCCAGCCAGAGUCAGGGUGUACAGCAGCUCUUAGCCGCCGAGAAGAAGGCAGCCGAGAGGGUCGCAGAAGCCAGGAAACGUAAGGCACGACGUCUCAAGCAGGCCAAGGAUGAGGCUCAGGCAGAGAUCGAAAAAUUCAGACAAGAGAGAGACCGACAGUUUAAAGAAUAUGAAACAAAGCACCUUGGGUCUCAAGAUGACAUCGCUCUUAAGAUCAAGAAGGAUACUGUCGAGAAGAUUACCGCCAUGAACAAGCAGGUGGCGGCCAACAAGGAUAAGGUGAUCGUUCGUAUCAUGCAGCUGGUGAAAGAAAUUAAGCCAGAGCUACAUAUUAAUGCCAAGAAAGAAAUGUAAGCAGCUGUAGCAUCUUCCUUCUGGCUGUUUGUAAAUUUGUGAAUGUUAUACUUCAAGUGAUGUAAAAUAUACAUAGAUAUACAAUAUAUAUGUGUAUAUACAUAUAUACUGGAUAUCUAUAUUUGUGUGUGUCUGUGUAGAGAGAACUUGAUCCAUUCCGCUAGGUGUUAACAAUCUGGUGUCUUGGUGAGACUAGAUGUACUGUGUCUGUUUUUAAUUUGAAAUGUCGUGAAAGAAUAACACAUGACAAAAUUAUUUGAAUUUAAAGUAUGUUUGGUGGGGUAUAUUAUUCUUUAGAAUUUAAAUUUUAUUAAAACAAAUAGCACAAGAUAGCUGAAGGGUUUUAGAUGUUAUUUAAACAGUUAAGUACAUUAUUGUUUUUAUGGAUUAUGUAUAUUAACAUCGUUGCUCUGGUAUUAUGGUAUUUAAGUUUAUUAUGUACAUUAAACAUGAUGGAAUUUUGA